GAGGUCAACUCUCACCCGUUGACUUUUGGCCAUAAUCUGUGCUGAACAGGCCACAGCCGCUCUCAGCAGCACUUGGGACGGCUCAGGGGACAGCACGGGGACUACCAGCCUCAGGAACCAUGCCCUCCAUGGACGACGUGCUGGAGCACAUAGGGGAAUUCCACUUUUUCCAGAAACAAACGUUUUUCCUCCUGUCUCUGCUCUCCUUAGUCUUCGCUCCUAUCUACGUGGGCGUCGUCUUCCUGGGCUUCACCCCGGACCACCACUGUCGCAGCCCUGGGGUGGCCGAGCUGAGCCGGCACUGCGGCUGGAGCCCCGCGGAGGAGCUGAACUACACGGUGCCAGGCCCGGGGGCCACAGGCGAGGCCUUCUCCCACCAGUGCAGGCGCUACCGGGUGGACUGGAACCAGAGCACCCUGGACUGCGUGGACCCCCUGGCCAGCCUGGCCGCCAACAGGAGCCACCUGCCGCUGGGCCCCUGCGAGUACGGCUGGGUGUACGACACGCCCGGCUCCUCCAUCGUCACUGAGUUUGACCUGGUGUGUGCCAAUUCCUGGAUGCUGGACCUGUUUCAGUCAUCAGUGAACAUAGGAUUUUUUAUCGGCUCUAUGGGUAUCGGCUACAUAGCAGACAGGUUUGGCCGUAAGCUCUGCCUCCUAAUCACAAUCCUCAUCAAUGCUACAUCCGGAGUUCUCAUGGCUGUUUCCCCAACCUAUACGUGGAUGUUAAUUUUUCGACUGAUCCAAGGACUGGUCAGCAAAGCAAGCUGGUUAAUAGGCUACAUCCUGGUUACAGAAUUUGUUGGGCUGAGCUAUCGGAGAACAGUGGGGAUUUUUUACCAAGCCGCCUUCACCGUGGGGCUCCUGGUGCUCACCGGGGUGGCGUACGCACUUCCUCACUGGAGGUGGCUGCAGUUUGUGGUUACUCUGCCUCACUUCUGCUUCUUGCUCUAUUACUGGUGCAUACCAGAGUCUCCAAGGUGGCUGAUUUCCCAGAACAAAAAUGCUAACGCCAUGAGGAUCAUUCAACACAUCGCAAAGAAAAAUGGAAAAUCUCUGCCUGCCUCUCUUCAGGGCCUGAGACCCGAUGAGGAAGUGGAGAAGAAGUCGAAUCCUUCCUUUCUUGACUUGGUCAGAACCCCACAGAUUAGGAAACGCACUUUGAUCUUGAUGUACAACUGGUUCACGAGCUCUGCCCUCUACCAGGGCCUCAUUAUGCACAUAGGGCUUGCAGGAGGCAAUAUCUACCUGGAGUUCUUCUACUCUGCCUUGGUUGAGUUCCCAGCUGCUUUUAUCAUCAUCCUUACCAUUGACCGCAUUGGCCGCCGUUAUCCUUGGGCCGCAUCAAACAUGGUGGCAGGUGCGGCCUGUCUGGCCUCAGUUUUUAUCCCUGAUGAUCUGCAGUGGCUCAAAAUCACUGUCUCAUGCCUGGGCAGAAUGGGGAUUACCAUGGCCUUCGAAAUGGUUUGCCUGGUCAACACUGAGCUGUACCCCACAUUCAUUCGGAAUCUUGGUGUCCUUGUCUGUUCCUCGAUGUGUGACAUUGGUGGCAUCAUCACCCCGUUCCUCGUCUACCGGCUCGCCGACAUCUGGCUUGAGCUCCCACUGGUGGUUUUCGCUGUAGUUGGCUUGGUUGCUGGAGGACUGGUGCUCUUGUUACCAGAGACCAAGGGGAUGGCUUUGUCUGAGACCAUAGAGGAAGCUGAAAACAUGCAGAGACUAAGGAAAAAUAAAGAAAGGAUGAUUUACCUCCAAGUUAAGACGCUAGACAUGCCAUUAAACUAA